UUAUUAUUCCAUAUGCACAUAAUAACCCCAUUCUGACCGCAGGCUUCUAAUCCAUCUCUAUAUGACCGGAACUUGCCGUCUGAUAGCGGUGGCGACCGCCGUAGUUGCCGUGUAGUUGGAUUUUCUUCCUCUCCAAAUGAAUUUCCUGCUUUCUAACAGACCCAUUUGUUUUUCCUGUCUUCAUUCCCAAGCUCCUAAUAAUCUCUUUCACUCUCCUUUAUUUCACCGCGAAAACCCAAAUCUCCUAAUCUGUUUUCAGAAGAGAUGCCUUCCCAAAACCUCCAUAUUCUGCUCCGCCGGAGAUUAUAAUCUGACGAACUCCGCUAGAUACGGUGGCUGGGACGAUAAUGGACUUGUAAGUGAUUCAGAUCAGUUCCAUAAUUUUUUGGUUUCCCUUGGCAUCGAUCAUAAAAGACAUUUGUUCACAUUUCUCUUCGGGUUCUUAUGUGCUCUGGCCAUUGCCAGAGUUAAAGUCUCUUCAAUUGCUGUUUUCCCAGCUUCUGUUUUUGUUUUUGCUGUUGGAUUUUCUAUUGGGUUUGUUCGUGGUGGAAGUGUAGAUGAUCUAAAUUUACUUGGGAAUAAAAGUCGGGGGAAAGAGGAAAUUUCUGGGUUUCACGCUGAGAAUUUAAGAAGUUUGGUGGAGUUUUUUGAUGGGUUUUCCGUCAAACUUGAUAAUUUGAAAUGUAAUAUACAGAAUGCUAUUGAUUCUAGGGAAAUUACACUUGGUGAUUUAGAAAGCUAUGUCAAGGUUUUAGAAUCGAAUGAUCUUUCAACUUCCAAUUCUAGAAAGAUUGUCGAGGCUUUGAUUAAUAAUGGAAGCAACUCCAAAGCUGUUAUUCUUGAGAAUCAUAAACCAAGUAGAAAAGUUAAAGACCUAGGAGACGUGGGGUUUGAGCUUUUGCAAUCCUUUGGCAGUUUGCUUGGAGAAAAGUUGGUUGGUUCUAAGCCUAACAAAGUUAAAAACAAUGUUAAGCCACAAAUGCCACUUAAUUCGGUUGGCAGUCAAACUAAAAGGAGUUCGAUACCGUCUGAAGUGGGUUCAAUAGAUACUGCUACUGAUUCUAAUCCAGCUAUAAAUUCAAAUGCUGUUGAGGAAUCGAGGAAAAGGCAUGCUAUGGAGAAGGAUUAUUUUACAAGAAUUAACAUUACUCAAGAAAGAGAGAGAAUAAAUUCAAAGGGAAUGCAUGAGAGUUCAAAAAGAUUCAUUGAUGGUGAAGAGUAUGGCUACCAGAAUAAUCGAGUGCAGUACCAGCACAAUUACCUUAAUAUUUCUAACAUGGGUCUUAACAACAAACUUGAGAGUUCUCGAUUCAGUGAUAAUUUGAUUGAUCCUGAGGACUAUAGUUUCAAAAUGAAACAUAGGGAGACUAAAACUUCCUUUGUAGAAGAGCGUGGAUUUGAGGAAAAUAAUGGAGCUUAUAGGUCCUCUCAUAUAACCAAUAGUGAAAGAGAACUUUACAGAUCCCAUUUUAGAGAAGAGGAAGCAAGUAAAAAGGAAAGUUCCCAUUUAAUUGAUCAACCAUUUGGAGAAGAGAAUGAGGUUGCUUCAUCAUCAUCUUCAAUGAUAUAUGACGAUGCAAUGUUCAAUAAAUGUCUUAUGGAAGCUAAUGAUCUUCUGAAACAAGCCAAGGAUUUGAUGAAAUAUAGACGUGAUGAGGAGCAUGUAGAGGUCAUAUUGUGUCAGUCUGCUAGUUUGUUGGCAAAAGCUACUACUAUGAAGCCCAUGAGUUUGUUGGCAGUUGGCCAGUUGGGAAAUACUUAUCUUCUUCAUGGAGAAUUAAAGUUAAGGAUUAGUCGCGAGUUAAGAAGACUUCUAGCAGGAAAAGAGCCCGUAUCUAUUGGGAAAUGGUUCGAAAUGGUGGAGGGACUAGAUGAUUCUAUUACCAGAAGAGAUAAACUAACGUCCAUUCUCAUUAGUGUGUGUGAAGAGUGUGAAGAACUCCUUGUGAUGGCAGGUAGAAGGUAUCGAAUGGCAUUAUCCAUUGACCGGAAUGAUGUUCGUGCGCUAUAUAACUGGGGUCUUGCCCUCUCCUUUCGUGCACAGUUGAUUGCAGACGUUGGACCGGAAGCUGCUUUUGAUGCUGAUAAGGUCUUUUUAGCUGCCAUCGAUAAGUUUGAUGCAAUGAUGUCAAGAGGCAAUGUUUAUGCACCCGAAGCUCUGUUCAGAUGGGGUAUGACAUUGCAGCAACGAUCUCAGUUAAGGCCUAACAAUAGCAAAGAGAAGGCAAAGUUGCUGCUGCAGGCGAAACGACUCUACGAAGACUCACUGAACAUGAACUCCGACAAUGUUAAAGUAAGAGAAGCCUUAAUGUCCUGCAUAUCUGAGCUCCAGUUCGGGCAGUAUUAAGCAAUUUUGUGAGAAUUUCCAUUGGUGGACAUAGCUGUUCUUUUAUGCUAUUAAACCUGUUUUGACCACAGCCUCUUUGCUUUGAUACCCAUCUGAGAAAAAAAUAAAAUCCAAACAGAAGAUAGUAAUAAUGAGAUGGACUUCCCUUUUUAUACGAUGAUAUGAUAAAGAAAAAUUGGUGUUUAUGGAACAAGUUUCUAACGAUCUGUAACAUAAAUAAUAAGUAAACAUAUCUAUGAUAAA